ACACACACGUGAGCACUCCACUAUGUCGCUGUGUUUGUUAUGUUUGUAUGUCCUAAUAUGAAGGACAUGAUGGUUUUUAUUUAGUUACGCCGAAGUUAUUAUUCGACUUUAUAAAACGCGGACUGCAAAAUGGCAAAACAAUGAGCGAUAACGCACCAUUCCGCUUGCAGUGUUAGCCACCUCUGGCUAAUUUAACUCCAGCUGUUAAGAGACAGUGUGCGCAAAACGUCAUCUAUUAGCUAUUAGAGUCAGUGUGGUCUAGGAAACCAAACGUAACCAUAGCAACCAAAGCAGAUUGAUGUUGGAACAGAAUAAACCCUCGAUCUGUUAAUUAGCGUUACUCGAUUAAUUCAUAACACCGCUGGCGCAUUUAGCUGCUAGUUUGCGUAAAUUUUACCCAGCCGGAGUUAUUUUAUUGCCUGUUUUUAAGAAAUCGCCGUAUCUCCAUAUGACAUCUGAAGAAGUGCGCUUGGGUCGGAAGCGGCCUGUGCCCUCCUGCCCCAACCCGCUGUUCCUCCAGUGGCUCACUGAGAUGCGCGAUAACGCCAAAGAAAAAGGCCUCAAGUCCCAGUUCGUCUAUCAGAAGGCCAUAAAUUCUUUACAAAAGUAUCCGCUUCCCUUGAAAAACGGGAAAGAGGCGAAGAUCCUGCAGAACUUUGGGGACGGAAUCUGUAAGAUCCUGGACGACAGGCUUGAUAAGCAUUACAGAGAACACGGGGUUGAUGCUCCUGUUCACUGUCUCCCACCUAGUCCUGAACCCUGCAGCAACAACUUUCCUUCCACCAAAUCAUCAUCAUCAUCAUUGCAUCCUGCUGCUGGGGGAGAAAGAAAUAUGGCUCAGGUUGAUGUAGGACAGAAGAAAGGUGGAAGGAAGAAAAGAGAGUAUGUACCUCACAAGAGAUCAGGAGGCUAUGCUGUUCUGCUUACAUUAUACAGACAUUUACAGAUGCCUAACAGUAAAGGUUUCAUGUAUAGAAAUGAACUCCAGACCGAAGCGCAGUUUCUUUGUGACAAAUCAUUCACUGCACCUGAUCUAGGUAGUAAAUACACAGCGUGGUCUUCAGUAAGCACCCUCAUUCAGAAAAACCUCCUUGUGAAGACAAGCGGCCCUGCCAGGUACUCAUUGACUGAGUUCGGUAUGGCUCUAGCAGAAAGACUGGAAGCUGAAGAGAGAGGGGGAGACGUUGGACAAGAGGAGGAGAAAAAGAGUGAGCCUGAGGACUCAGGGGAUGGACCGGUUACUGUAGACCUAACUCUGGAUGGAGAAACAGGAGAAUAUGAAGUUGAAGGCUACAGGAUCCCAAGGGAUGGGCCUAGCACGUCUGUUUCUGUAACACAAGCACCUGAUUUUGAUCUUUUGGGAAAGUGUUACAGCUCAGAGACAGGGAGAGCUGCAUGUCUUCUCCCUGGGGCUUAUGACAUUGUGCUAUGUGUUGACUUUAUUGAAACCACUGGAGGGAAAACAGCACGCAAACAAGAAUUGGUCAAGGAGCUACAGAAAAACGGCGUGACCUUUGACAUCAGGAAACUCAAUGUGGGAGACUUUCUGUGGGUUGCUCGUGAGAAAGUCGCACCUGUGCCUGGUCAUUUACGUCCACCUGUGCCAAGAGAGCUGGUUCUCGAUUACAUCAUUGAGAGAAAGCGGAUAGAUGACCUGUGUGGAAGUAUAAUAGAUGGACGUUUCAGAGAACAGAAGUUUCGUCUGAAGAGGUGUGGUCUGCAUAAGCCCAUCUACCUGGUGGAGCAGUGCGGUUCAGCAGCAGCCCACCUCAGUCUACCAGAGAGCACUUUGCAACAAGCUAUAGUUAAUACACAGGUGGUAGAUAACUUCUUUGUGAAGAGCGUUCAGGAUGUUAAGGAAUCGGCUGCUUAUCUCACAGUCAUGACCAGAUAUCUCCAGAAGCUUUAUCAGAAACGCACACUGUACCACCACUCCAGAGAACUGAAAGGAGAUGGAGAGCCUGAAAUGGAGAGUGGAGGCAUUGAAAAAGAAAACCCCCGUUGUUCGCUUAUCUCCUUCACAGAGUUCAACUAUGGAGCCCUGAAAAACAAGUGUCAGACCAUUAGAGAGGUUUUUGCCCGACAGCUGAUGCAGAUUAGUGGAAUCUCUGGUGACAAAGCGGCUGCCAUAUUGGAGCACUACAGUACAGUAAGCAGUUUAAUGAAUGCAUACAACCAGUGUUCCACUGAUGCAGAGAAAGAAAAGCUCCUCUCAUCCAUCAAAUAUGGCAGACUUAGAAGAAACAUUGGGCCAGCUCUAAGCCGGACUGUGUACCAGCUUUACUGUACAGAUGGACCACUGUCGUAACCACACACAGUAUUCUUUACCAUUCUUCAUCAAACUGCAAUGCAGUGCAGUGUGCAUGGUUGCUGCUUGUCGACGUUCUCUUAUCUGUUUUAGGAGAUUUAAAAAAUUGUUGAGUCAAAAUAAAACAUUUUCUUUCACAUAUCUCACUGAUGAAAAUGGCUUGGGGAGUACAUUGACUGCACUUUGCUGAUUCACAGUGUUUUCUGGUUUCAGUUAUAUUCGCAAGGUUUUGUUUAUCUAGGAAUAAGAAAUUUAGAAAUUUGCUGAAUGGAGAUGCUCUUACUCACUGAUGCACAACGCGUUAGGGACUAAAAACAGCAUAUGGCAGGUGCAUUGUGAGGAAAUCAGGGUGGAAGAGAGUAAACGCGAGGCAGGUAGAUGACGUCAGCUCGUACAGAAGGAUAUAUUGUAGCUAUAGGAAACUCUCUGUGGCUGCGUCCCAAACCAUCUGCCAUUGUAUUAAUUGGUAUAUCGGAAUACGUUACCGGUGAUACCACCCCUCCCCCUGGAGUCGAGUAGUAUGUGGGUUUGGAUGUGUGUAUCUAUUGUUCCUCUAUAGGCCAGCAGGAGAGCAGAGGGAGACCUCGGAUGACGUGCUCAAGGAGAAAAACAUCCUACAGAAGAAAAGGAAGAGCGAUAGCACAAUCAUGCGGCGCGUUGUCACAAUUUUAACGUUUCCGAUUUUUAGAGUCGCAUUAGCUAGAAAUCUGCUUUUUAAUUUUAUUUUAUUAAAUACCAAUGAUUAGUUGAUUCAUUUCUAUAUUUAAUUAAAUAAAUAACCCAUCCUUCCUCCUUGCCUCCCUUUAGCAGACGUAAACAUCUUCACCUCCACAUCCGCAUCCACUUCAUAACACGCCGGUAAAAUAAAGCGAUGCGGACCAGCGACUGGAGGAAAUGGUCGGAUUCGGGAAACUGCGUUUACGGAUCGUGUGAAGGACAGUAUAUUUAAAAAAAAAAAAAAAAAAAAAGGGGGGGGGGGGGGUCGCAUGGUGAUUAGUGCAGAUUGUCUGGCGAGCGGCGCAGGUGUGGAGUGAGGCGGAUGCUAAGGCGGCGGAUGGGGUGAGAGUCUGGCCGGAGCGGAGCGCUCCUAAAGCGGGCUGCUCCCGAGUGAGGGUCCGCAACAAUGCAGGAGGCGGCGGAAGGAGAGGAGCCCAUUCUGGCCGGGACUGCCAGGGAAGAGGUGAGAUCGGUUUGUUUUAGGAAAUGGAUGAACUGUGCUGUGCAUGCCCAUCGCACUGAGUAUGAAUUACAGUCAUGCGAUUUCGAGAGUCCAUUGCGCUUCAUGAUCACUUGGGAAGGUUCUGUCUGAUGGGGAUAAAUAAGGAGCUAAAAUGAUGACGGGCUGCUCCAUGAUGCGUGUCCCCUUCAGCAUCCUUACCGCGAUCCUGCAUUGCAGUUAGGAGGAAAUGCGCUGCCGUAUUAAUUCAUCAUUAUCUCAUACUGACUUCAUCGUUUUGCCGAAACAGACUGUUUUUUUUUUUUCUUUCUGCCAACUAUGACUAAGACAAUUGGCUUGCAUCUGAGAGGGAUGGCACUGGUGAAUUAGCAUCGCUAUCCAUGUUCCCUGAAGGCUGACUGACCCCCGCUGCUUUUUUCUUUUUUUUCAAAACGCUUUACCCGCCUUUAUAAACAUCCUAGCAAAACCUGCACUUGUACUAAAUGGUAGUUGCAAUCUAAUAGGCUUACUGGCUUGAUCGAUUAUAAACACGUACAGUAGGUGUGAGCAUUUCAGGAUUCAUUGUCCGAGAACACAUUACUGUUUCAUUCAGGCGUGUAGGUUUAAUAUUCAGAGUAGAACAGCUGUUGUUGUCUAAUCUCUAAAAACUAAAUGGUAAAUAUUUAUUGUUGUAUUUGUCUGUCAGAAAUGUACAUGCAUGUAGUCUUUAUUCUACUAGGCGUGUAACAGUCUAACAAUACUUACAAUUUGUUGCUACUUUUUGUUAAUUUGCUUUUUUUUUUAGUACAUUGUAAUUUUAUGUUUUGAUGUAUGUCAAACCUUUUGUAGACAGUAACCCCUGUGAAUGUAUAAUAAAAUCCACAGGCCUGCUCAGUA